CAUGUUCGCACAGACCUCCAGGCUCCACUGGGGCAGCCCCUGGACUGGUCCCCAACGUUGAUGGGGAACCGCAGCUGCCCUCCCCCUCCCGCCCCCACGGGUGCCUUCCUCCUUCCUCUUUCUACUACUGCCCUGCCCUUCCACAGACGGCUUCUUCGUAUGUCUCUGGUUCCCCUCCCAGGCCUUGAGGUUUGGGCUGCCCUGGAGGACAUGGCCUGGGGCCCUGACAACGUGCGGAAAUGGUCUACCCUGGCGCUUCUGGCCAUCAUGGGCACAGCCCUGACUGCGGCCAUCAACCCUGGCUUCGUGGCCACAAUCUCCCAGAAGGGUCUGGACUUCGCAUGCCAGGAGGGUGUGAUCGUGCUGCAGAAGGAGCUAGAAGCCAUCAGAAUUCCUGAUCUCUCUGGAGUCUUUAAGAUGAAGCCACUGGGGAAAGGUUACUACAACUUCUACAACAUGGUUGUGGAAGGAUUUCAUAUUCCUAAUCCCCAGAUCAGUCUGCUGCCCAGUGAGGGCCUCCGGCUGUCCAUCAAGAAUGCCAGCAUCAAGAUCAGUGGCAGAUGGACAUCAAAGAAGAACUUCCUCAAAGCCAGAGGCAAGUUUGGCCUGAGCGUCCAAGGCGUAUCCUUCUCCACUGACCUGAAGCUGGGCAAGAGCUCUUCAGGCCAUAUCACUGUCAACUGCUCCGCCUGCGAAAGUCACAUGGACAGCAUCCAUCUCCAAAUCUCGGGCAGCAUGCUGGGGUGGCUGAUCCAGCUGUUCCACAAGAAAAUCGAGGCUUCCCUGAGAAACACCAUUUAUACAAAGAUCUGCAAGAUCGUGACCAACUCUGUGUCCUCCAAGCUGCAGCCUUAUAUCCAGACUCUUCCAGUGAUAGCUCGAGUGGACGAAGUGACCAGGAUUGACUACAGUCUGAUGGCUCUGACAACCACAGCUGAGUUCCUGGAGGGGCAGCUAAAGGGCGAGUUUUUCUGGCGGGGAAACCGCAGCUCACUUCCUAUUACCCCAGCAGCAAUGAGUUUUUCCCCAAACAAUGACCACAUGGUGCACCUGGGCAUCUCCGACUACUUCUUUAACAGCGCAGGACUUGCAUAUCAAGAGUCUGGAACCUUGAAAAUAACCCUGAGGGACCAAAUGUUGCCAAAGGAUUCCAAGUUCCGACUGAACACUGAGUUCCUUGGGACCUUCCUGCCCAAGGUGGCCAUGAAGUUCCCCAGCACAGAGGUGCAGCUGCUGAUCACCGUCUCCGAGCCUCCACGCCUGACCAUACAGCCCUCAGGCCUCUCGCUCGAACCUGCCCUGGAGACCCAGGCCUUUGCGGUGCUCCACAACUCCUCCCUGGUCCCUCUUUUCCUGCUUCACAUGAAUACAAAUGCCUCUAUGGAAGUGGACGCUGAAGGAGACAGACUUGUUGGAGAGCUGAAGCUAGAAAAGCUGAUGCUGGAACUGAAGCGCUCUGACUUCGGCUCUUUUAAGGUGGAGUUACUUCAAGCUGUCUUAAACUACCUCAUGCCCACGAUGGUGGUGCCCAAGAUCAACGAGAGGCUGCGGAGAGGUUUCCCUCUCCCUUUGCCUGCUGAGAUCAAGCUCAACAACAUCAUGUUUCAGUCCUACCAGAAUUUCCUGGUGCUCAGAGCAGAUGUCCACCGGACCUGAGAGAUCACCUGGGCCUGGGAGCUCUGCAGCCGCUCCCCAGGGGGCCACCGCAAUGGCAGGACAGCCUGCCUGCUCCAGGAAUCCUUCCAUCUUCAGCCCUUCCCCC